UUGCAGUGCUUCGUCAGGCGGAGGAGGUAGAGGUGCCUCUCAGCACUAUCCCAAGACUGUCAGCAACAGGUUGAAAGCUGUGAUCUGCAGUGUAUUGCCAGGAUUUUGACCGGGUGGAUUUACCCGCCCGCAGAAGAUCGACCGAGAGACCCUUAUUGCCCCCACUCCCCAGUUGCAUACGCCCUGUUGUAUUUUCUAAAUACAUCUGCGCGUUGUGCAGUUGCAUGCAGCGCGCAUUAGGGGGAGCGGACUCCGCGGGUUGUGCGCCUGUAACGCACAGUAACCCAGCCUCGCGGAAUCGCUGCGAGUACCUGGGGAAAACCCCGGGGCCUGGCGUUCAAAGAUGGACUCCUUCACGAAGCACUAGACGAGAUGUUAACUCCUCAAAUAACUCUGCAAACACUGCGCACACCUCCGCAAGUGAGAAAGAACGGCACGAUGCAAUCUUUAGGAAAGUAAGAGGCAUCUUAAACAAGCUUGCUCCUGAGAAGUUUGACAAGCUAUGCCUUGAGCUCCUCAACGUGGGUGUAGAUUCCAAACUCAUCCUUAAAGGAAUCAUACUGCUGAUUGUAGACAAAGCCCUUGAAGAGCCGAAGUACAGCUCUCUCUAUGCUCAGCUAUGUCUGCGAUUAGCAGAAGAUGCACCAAACUUUGAUGGCCCAGCAACAGAGGGUCAGCCAGGGCAGAAGCAAAGCACAACGUUUAGACGCCUCCUAAUAUCAAAACUUCAAGAUGAAUUUGAGAAUAGAUCCAGAAAUGUUGAUGUAUACGACAAGCGGGACAGUCCCCUCCUUCCUGAGGAGGAGGAACAGAGAGCUAUCGCCAAGAUCAAAAUGCUGGGAAACAUCAAAUUUAUUGGGGAGCUUGGCAAGCUUGAUCUUAUUCAUGAAUCUAUCCUUCAUAAGUGCAUCAAAACACUUCUGGAAAAGAAGAAGAGAGUCCAACUUAAAGACAUGGGAGAGGAUUUGGAGUGUCUCUGUCAGAUAAUGAGGACUGUAGGGCCGAGGUUAGACCAUGAAAAAGCCAAGUCCUUAAUGGAUCAGUACUUUGCCCGAAUGUGCGCCUUGAAGACUAGCAAGGAUUUGCCAGCAAGGAUUCGUUUCCUGCUGCAAGAUACUGUGGAGUUGCGAGAAAACAACUGGGCUCCUCGCAAAGCUUUUAAUGACAAUGGACCAAAGACUAUCAAUCAAAUUCGCCAAGAUGCAGUAAAAGAUCUGGGAGUCUUUAUUCCUGCUCCGAUGGCUCAAGGGAUGAGAACUGACUUCUUUUUGGAGGGACCGUUCAUGCCCCCAAGAAUGAAGAUGGAAAGAGACCCGCUAGGAGGGCUUGCUGAUAUGUUCCGUCAAAUGCCUGGUAGUGGUAUCGGUACUGGUCCAGGGGUCAUACAGGACAGGUUUUCCCCCACCAUGGGGCGGCAUCGUUCCAGUCAGCUCUUCAAUGGCCACGGUGGGCACAUCAUCCCUCCAGUCCAGUCUCAGUUUGACAUUGGAGGCAAACCAUUCAUGAAAAGCCAGGGGCAAAGCCAAUUUAACCAGAGCCAAGGGCUUUUAUCGCAGCAAGGGCAGUCUAAGGAUAUGCCACCCCGGUUUAUUAAAAAAGGCCAGCUUAACGCAGAUGAGAUCAGCCUGAGACCUGCUCAGUCUUUCCUGAUGAAUAAAAAUCAAGUGCCAAAGCUACAGCCUCAGAUGACCAUGAUCCCACCUCGCACUCAAACACCACCCAUGGGGCAGACCCCUCAGCUUGGCCUAAAAACAAAUCCACCACCAAUUCAAGAGAAGCCUGCGAAAAUUGUUAAGAAGCCCCCACCCUCUAAAGAAGAACUACUUAAACUUACUGAAGCGUUUGUGACGGACUACUUGAACAAUGGAAACGCAGCUGAUGCCAUAAACAGUGUGAAAGACAUGAGAGCUCCAAAACACUAUAUACCCGAGAUGAUCAGCCGGAUAGUUCUGCAGUCACUGGACCGGUCAGAUGAAGACAAGGAGCGGGCCAGUACCCUGAUCGGCAUUCUGCGCCAGGAGGGGGUGGCCACUAGUGACAACUUCAUGCAGGCUUUCUUGAAUGUGCUGGAUCAGUGCCCCAAGUUAGAGGCUGAUAUCCCUCUGGUGAAAUCCUACUUGGCACAGUUUGCAGCCCGGGCCAUAAUCGCUGACCUGGUGAGCAUUUCUGAACUGGCUCAGCCCAUGGAGAAUGGAACCCACUUCCCGCUGUUCCUGCUCUGCCUCCAGCAACUGGCGAAGCUGAAAGAUCGCGAGUGGCUGACGGAGAUCUUCCAGCAAAGCAAAGUCAACAUGCAGAAGAUGCUACCAGAGAUUGAUCAGAACAAAGACCGGAUGCUGGAGAUUCUGGAAGGGAAAGGUUUAAGUUUCUUGUUCCCACUUAUGAAGCUGGAGAAGGAGUUGCUGAAGCAGAUUCAAUUGGACCCGUCUCCGCAAUCCAUCUAUAAGUGGAUUAAGGAUAACAUCUCUCCUAAACUUCAUGUAGAUAAAGGAUUUGUGAA